UUAAAAUCGGCUUUCGCAAUUGUUAUAUAUGCACUACUAGUGGUCGCUGUGCAGACUUGACUUUUGAUCGUCGGGGUACCGGGUGCAGGUGGCGGGUACCGGGUGCAGGUGGCAGAUACCAAGCUACUUUUACUGAGGGUCCCACCUCCCAAUUUUAAUGGUUUUCAUCACCCAUUUGUAUAUAUAGGCCUAUGCAACAAGAUUAUAUCCCCAUAGGCCGAUAGCCCCUCGCACAGGAGUUUUCCAGGUAUCUUUACAACACAUCCAAGAUUUGGGACUUCGUGCUCGAAAUUGCAAUUAGUGGCUUAUUUAUUUUUACUUCUCAAACGCGGUAAGUUCACGGUCUUUGUUUGGGGGGCGCUGUGUCGGAGGAUCAUUAUAAUUAGAGGCAAGGGUCAAAUUUUUUCUUUUCUUUUUUGUUUGUUUGGGAACUAACUGAUCAAAAGUUUUCGCUUCCUCAAAUGACGAAGGAAGGCCUUGCUGUACAUGAUAAAUACUUCACACAUUUAUUUAUCUUCGUUUUGGUUUUCCACGUGUUCAAAGUACCCAACGGCAGACCUUUCAUCAUCUUUGCUCAUCUUCAAAAAAAAAAAAAAGGCGCACCAUUAAAACGCUAGACUAGCACUUACAUGUACACAAAACGUUACGUUACAAACAGGUUUUUCCCCUAACGCGUAAAAUAGCUUUUGAUAUAAGUUAACAAUAUUAAGUUGAGUAAAGUAAAUAUACCUUAAAUCAUGAAAAUCUAAAACAAAAAAACAACAACAACAAAAAAAAAAAUCCUAAUACUUAUCUACUGCAUGGAUAUGCUUUCGUAAAUUAGUGGCUGAGCACACCAAGCCAAACAGUCAUUUAUCAGGUUGUGUUUUGGCGACCCCUAAGCAGAAACACGUUAGUGAUAUCAGAGCAAUGGCCAACAAAAGCAAAGGACCAGAAACUGUUACGUCAGGGGCAGGCGCAAAGAAGCAAACGACACUGUUGAUGAACAUCUUUUUCACUCAGUAUUCGGCAUGUUUCUCACCAGUGCUGCUCUCUCUUUUUUUUCUUCAUUUAAGUUCUAAAAGUAAGUAUCUUUUUUUCAAACCUUUGGUUCUCGUUUGGUCGGAAAAUGACGUCAUGGAGACGUAACAAAGUUGCUAAAACGCUUAACCAGUGAUCAAAGCUGAAACACGUUCAUUGUUAAAAAGAGUCGCCGAAACACGCUCCCGCAGUCUUGAUCUUCCACAAUCCGCAGCAAGAGGGCGCUAUCACAACAAAGUGGAUUAUUUUUCAAGGGCAACUAGCAUUACUUGGAGCCAAUUUUGAAAAUACCGCUGUCCUUUUUACACUCCAUCUCCUUACAUCAGUUGUCAUUAGAUAUAAUUUGAAUUUAAUUUCCAAACAUUUGUUCCCUAGCGGAAAAACCGCAACUUAGAGUUAUGUAUUGCAUUUUGGUUAAGAUUUGGUUGACGAGUCUGCCAAAGCCAAGGUGUCCUUCGGUGCAAAGUAAGCAUAUUUCACAUCACAAAUAUACAUUUUGGAGAUUUAAGUAGAUAUUAAGAAAUUUUAAGAGAGGGAAGAGGGACCCAAUUUAAAACAAAAAAGUUCUAUAGCAAACCUUGAGAUCAGUUUAUAGGUACUAAAGGACCCUGGGAACUCUUCCUACAUUUUCACUUAUCUGUGUAAUAAUUACAACUGAUAUCUACCCUCUUAGAUUUGAACAAGGCACCAUUUUUUCUUAAAAAGCACACACAUGGACGCUUCACUUAGCUCAUGACGACAAAGUAUUAAAUUUGGAGAAAUGCUCUCCCAGCGUUUGUCAGUUUUAUUAUUGCAAAACUGGUAAAUAACUGUUCGUGUUGGUACUUUUGUAUAGCGUAUGCAAAGAACACAAGGACUGACUUCGAAGUUUACAAAGUACUUGAACUUUGAUUCAAAACAAAAGUCAUCAGCUUUGCUUUACUCUAAGUUUGUUUCAGGUAGAGAAUAGCACAUUUCACUGAACUCAAAGACUGUUACAACUUCAGAUCUACAAUGCAACGCUGUGUGCAAGGAGGAUGGCUUGGACGAAAAGUUGACGGAGCCGCCACUGAUAACGUACUGCUCGACCAAACUGAGAUCGAGGUUGUUGCGCGCCAAUUUUGAAACCGACACAGUAUACAAAAGCAGCUGCUGUGUUUACAAAGAGGUGAAUGUACCGACGUAACUGCAGCUGCAGCUGGAGACAGCGACCAUUGAUUGUCACAGCUGAAGAGAAGAAUGAAUGGGCUGGAGAUUCGGUUACAAUGAAGUGAUUGUCAUGACCCGAGAAGCAUCAGUCACCUCAAAAAUGUCCACUGCAGGGAAAAGCCAUCUAUGGCGAAUGAUACAGAUUGCCAUGGAAGCACAGGAUUUCUACCAGUCUCAUUUAGAACACUUGCAGAAUAUUCCAGAGAAUGAGGAGAGCAUCACACCUGCCAUGCACAAUACGCUUGUUGACCGAACGCGCAGCUGGAACCGAUUCUAUAAUCUUUCACCAGAGACAUUUUUCCUGGCUGUCAAUGUGAUGGAUCGCUUCCUCUCUCUAGUCAAGGCAAGACCUCAUCAUUUGAUGUGUGUGACUGUCGCUAGUUAUUACCUCAGUGUAAAGAUGCUCGAACACUCACAGGAUUUGAUGUCACCUGAAGAUCUGAUUCGCAUCACCCAGUGUGGUUGCACUCCGAGUGAUAUAGCACGGAUGGAGAACAUUAUUCUCCAGAAGCUGGGCUGGGACAUGGAAGCACCUACCCCACUCUCCUUCCUACAACUCUUCCAUGCCUACUGUGUGGUGUCCAACAUCUUGGGCAUGGACACUGGACUGCAGACUGAUCACUUGGAUAUCAUGACCAGGAAAUUAGAGGCUUGCAUGUGUCAUUUCCCUCUGACACUUUUCAAGCCCUCCAUAUUAGCAAUGUCGCUGUUGAUAUCAGAGUUACCAGACUUUAUCAAGGCCAACUGUAACAUCAGCCAUAUGGGCUGGUCUACAGUUGUUGCUGACUUACAAUACUCCAUUAAGAUGUCAGACUGUGAGCUGCUGGAGUGCCAAACUGUCUUUUCAGAAUUCCUGGCAACUUACUCCUCUCCAGAGUGCAAGAUGCCAACAAGCAGACUGAGUUGGAUCAUCUCAUCUCGGACAGCCAGACAGCUAAGGUUCAGUGCUCAACUGGCCAGCACCCUGGCUCCUAUCCCUGAGCAUGACGGCAGCUUGACUGAUGAAAACUGGUCAGACAGUUCCAUGAAUAAUACAACCUACUCAAAAUCUAGUGAGGAGUCUUCCUUUACUACUAGCUCCAACCACCCAUCUCCGAACAUUAUGGAGGAUUCAACAGCUCCCUCUCUUGAUCCAAACAGAGACAGGUGUCUGCUGUGGGACAAGUCAAUGAUGUUCAGGUAUGAAAAUGAGAAGGUUGCACUGUGCCCAGUCAUAUGUACAUGUGUGGAGAGGUAAUCUCUGUGAGGUCACAUAUGCUAAGGUUACGGUUCACACAGGGUCAGGUUUUAAAAUGAGGUCAUUGGAGAUGUGAGAUUACUAGCUGGGGGAUUUGGGCCAGCGCCAUGUCAGUAUUUCAUUUCAUCAGUGUGUCCCAUUGGAAAAAUGUGGAGAAUGUUGUUUUCCAGACAGUGAUUGUACUCAAACUGGCGUAUUAUUCCCACAUCGUGGUAGGUACUCAAAUUUUAGGAUCAACUCUUGACCUGACACGCUUGCAUGCCCUUGCACAAAUGCCACGUUUACUCCAAAACACUUAACCUUAUUUGUGUGGCAUAGUUCACGACAAGUCUAGCCAACAAUUGAGGAUCUUCUACUUUCAGACACUAUUUUUGAUGCAGUUAUUUAUACUUCUGUGUUUUGAUUUGAAUAUUUUUUCUACUUUUUGAUUUGUUUUUACAAUUAUUAUGAGAACAAAAAGUUUGUAUUUGCUUUUUUUAAUAUUUGACAAAUUUUCUGUAUGCUUGAAACAAACUGUUUUUGUCUUUAUUUAGUUUCCGUGCAUUUACUGACCCGUUCUUAGUGUAUUGGUCAUUUUAGUUGUAUUUUGGCACGUCAGUUUUCUCUAUAAAAUGGUUAAACAAAAACAUAUGGAAGAAAAGCAACAGCUAAAGGGUAAGUUUUUUGCUCACUUUUGAGCUUUUUUCUUUCAAUCCCCUUGAUAUAUAAGAGUGCCUCAUAUUUAUUACUGAAAUGUUUGAGAAAUGUCUUUAAAAGCCCAAUCCCAAGCUUUGUGUAAAAAGAAGUGUACAGAAAUUUGGUUAAAGGGUAUAUAUUAUGUAAUCAACAAUUUAAGAAAAGUUUAAAUUAUUCAAAUUACUUAUAAUUACAUGACAUCAUAAUUCUUUUUACUGUUUUUGACAUUUUGAUGUAUUGUAAUAUAAAUAUUUAUUUUAAAAAUAGUUCAACUGCUCAGAUAGAGGGGCAUCUACUCCUGUGAUUUACUUGUUUUGAGAGUCAUGUGCACAGUUCUGCUAAACUCCCCUCCCUAUUCACAGAUGCCAUGUUGUAAAAUUAUCAGUACCCCCCAAAUGUUUGGAUAAUUCCACUGUGAUUUGAUGCAGAAACAAUGAUGCAGUAAAUCUGUCAAGAGGUUUGGAACAUUUGUACUUGAUCUUCACCUCUGUGGUAUGAAAGUAGGGUUUGCUUUAAUUUGGUUACUGGUGUAACCAGACUAUCCAAGUUGGCUGUUAAAUAGUCCAUCCACUACAGAGUUGUAGCUGACUGGACAAUUAUGGCUUUCAUCAAAACCAGAGAUAUUAUGAACUUUUAACUUGUGACAAGAAAAGAAGGAUCCUGAUUUUUUGUGUUCUUUUUCUUCUUUCUUUUCUUUAAUACUAUAGCAGUGCUAAUGGUCAGGUCUAAUCUUACAAAACUGUUGACCCUGAUGGAAUUUAGUUUGCAAAACUUUGAUUACUGUUUAAGCCUUCCAAUAUUCCUUACAUACAAGACUUAUCUCAGAAGACUGAAAUGUUACAAUAAAAUGAAGCUUCUUCUGAACUACUCUA